AUGACAGACAAGAUGGACGAAAGCUACACCGCUGCCUUGAUAAGCCAAAAAAUGUCCGAAGCGUCGACUCUUUCACACGCCAGCUCGGACGACGGCUCGCCCAAAGUUUCAUUCGAUCUCCAAGCGUCACUCUUCCGCGAGCCAUGGAACGAAAGUCAAGACUGUCUCGAUCAAAUGAGCAUGGAAGAGUUGAACACGAAAGCCUCCUGUUUCCUCAUGAAAAAGUUCCCCGACGCGGCCGUCUCGUAUCCCACUCUGGGCCAGCGACUGCUGCUCUAUCGUCACGACCCUCAGGACACAAAUAUUCUUCAAUUGCUGCGCUCUCCUCGCGACAUUUGCAACGGCGAUGUCAUUGAAAUCGUCCUUUCUGUUGAAGCAGCAAAGGACAAGGUCAACAUCUCCAAGCACAACUUGGUCGUCCACUCUUACAAAGGGCCCACUUUCUGCGACUAUUGCGACGAGUUUCUCUGGGGACUUGUCAAGCAGGGCCUUAAAUGCACCGCGUGCGGCAAGAACUUCCACAAGAGAUGCGUUUACCACAUUCCGAACGACUGUGAAGGCUACAGAAGCAAGAAACCAAGCAAACGGCCGAACCCGAAUGAUAUGAAGCCUCCUGUUAUGUCUCACCCAUCCCAAAUGUCCGGAUUAUCGAUACCAACAGGAGAACCUGUCGAAAAGCAGCGUCCUACCGGCAGCUAUGCUCGGGGAGGUAGGCCGAUCGAGCUUGAGUGGAAGCUGCACAAUAAACCAAUGGUGCCUCACACGUUCGUGAUUCAUUCCUACCCAGUGAUAAGGCCCACCCAAUGUAAAAAAUGUACAAAGCUGCUCUCCGGAGUAAUGCGCCAGGGAUUACAGUGCCGAGAUUGUAAAUACAACGCCUGCACGAGCUGUGUCAAUGCAGGGCACAUUCCUAACGACUGCCCUGGAGAAGCAGAUGAUGAAUCUCUGCCCGAGAAGACAUCGAUAAAUUCUGGAUCCGUUUCCGACCAAAACGAGCAAAUGGACACGUCAGAUCUAGGAGAGGCGGCGGAGGACGAUCAAGUCGACGAAAUUAACUUGAGCAAAAUCCACAUCCAAGCAAGGCCGAAUCAAGGAGACAUGAUUCCAGUCAUAAGAAUUGCACAAAGCAUGCGGAACUCUAAGCACAAGAAAGAAGUCAAAAUCCAAGGAUAUCUUAUACACACUACCAAUAAUGACGACAUGCGUCGUCGACAUUAUUGGCGUCUCGAUGGAAAAUCUCUUCAGCUUUUCAUGAGCGAAGAGGAACAACGAAUUUCAAAGGAAAUACCUCUUGCCUCGGUGCUAGACUGUCGUCUCGCCGAAAUUAUCGGAGUAAUGCAUCUUGAGCUUCAACUCAGCGGUGAAAUAGUAUAUUACAUUGCCGAUGAUACUUCAGUAAAGCAAACUGUGUCACUUCGCCUAUGGUACGACCAUAUCAAGAAAGCGCUGCGACCGAUGGACCCUCACCCUAAUAUGCCUCAACAGAACCCAACCAUUACGAAAAAACAGCUCAGCAAUAUUAUGUCUCUCGACCCUGACGAACGAAGUGCCACCGAUGUAGAACAGAUUUACCAAAUAUUCCACGACGAAAUCCUCGGCUCAGGACAGUUUGGCGUGGUAUACGCAGCCAAGCAUAGAAGAAAGCCUCUCCAAGUGGCUAUUAAGCAAGUCGAUAAGAAACGCUUCCAGAAUAAGGAUAACAGGCUUAUCCACGAAGUUCAAAUUCUAGCUGGGCUCCAUCAUCCUGGCAUUGUAAAUCUUUUCAAUAUGUUCGAAAACCAAAAUCAAAUUUUUGUUGUUAUGGAAAAACUACAAGGAGACAUGCUGGACAUGAUCAUGUCUUCGGAGCACGGAAAACUGGAUGAGAGAAUAACGAAGUUCCUCAUAACUCAGGGAGGAUAUUUGCAUGACAAAAAUAUUGUUCACUGUGACUUGAAACCAGAAAAUGUUCUUACAGCCAAUAGUGACAGUUCAUUACCUCAAGUGAAAUUAUGUGAUUUUGGAUUCGCCAGAAUUAUUGGAGAAAAAUCUUUUAGGCGUUCCGUCGUAGGUACGCCAGCCUACCUCGCCCCUGAAGUGCUAAAUAAUACGGGAUACAAUAGGACACUAGAUAUGUGGUCUGUUGGUGUUAUAAUUUACGUCUCGUUAUCCGGAACAUUCCCUUUCAAUGACGAAGAAGACAUUGUUGAUCAAAUUCAAAAUGCAGACUUUAUGUUCCCUGACAAUCCUUGGAAAGAAAUCUCCAAUAGCGCGAUUGACUUAAUCAAACACCUGCUGCAAGUUCAACGUAGACGACGACUGACAGUAGAUCGUGCAAUGCUACACGAUUAUUUCAAGAAAACAUUAAAGAACAAAAAGGAGCAACACAACAUGUAG